UAGAAUGUGGAUGUCUCUGGUAGAACGUACAUCUAGAAUGUCUCUGGUAGAAUGUAGAAUGUGGAUGUCUCUGGUAGAACGUACAUCUAGAAUGUCUCUGGUAGAAUGUAGAAUGUGGAUGUCUCUGGUGCAGGGCCUAUGACGGUGCGCGGGGGGAAGAAGCUCUGCAUCUCCAUCCAGGAACACAUGGCCAUCGACGUCUGCCCCGGGCCAAUCAGACCCAUCCGCCAGAUCUCCGCAUACUUCCCCCGCGUCUCCCCCACCUCCCCCACCCCACUCUCCCCCAACCCGGCCUCCACGGUAAUCCUCGGUGGCGCCGGCCUCGGGGGCGUGGUCUCUGGCCCGGCGGCGGGUCACCUCCUGUCACCGCUGCUGCCUCACGGGGGCGGGGCUAUGGGGCGCGGGGGUGGAGCUAUGGGGCGAGGGAGCGGGUCCCUCUCCCAGACCAGCAGCAUGGACACGUCCAUGGAGAUCCACAGCUCGGACAGCGACGACUGCACUGCUCUAGGAACGCUGGAGUUUGAGUUGUUCUACCAGCAGACCACCAGCCAACUGCACUGCACCAUCCUCAGAGCUAAGGGUCUUAAACCCAUGGACUUCAAUGGCUUGGCCGACCCCUACGUCAAACUGCAUCUGCUGCCCGGAGCGUGCAAGGCCAACAAGUUGAAAACCAGGACAAUCAGGAACUCUCUGCACCCGGUGUGGAACGAGACUCUGACAUACAUCGGCAUCACUGAGGAAGACAUGCACAGGAAGACCCUCAGGUUGUCAGUGUGUGACGAGGACAAGCUGACUCACAACGAGUUCAUCGGGGAGUCGAGGGUUCCGCUGCGACGCGUCAAACCAGACCAGACCAAGUACUUCCACACCUGCCUGGAGCACCCGCCCCCGCUUCCUUCUCCUACAGCGAUGGGCACAGCUCUGAGGGGAAUAUCCUGUUACUUAAGAGAGUGGGAGAACGAGCAGCUGCACAGCCUUGAGGAGCGGGGCCGUCUCCUGCUCUCCCUGCAGUUCCUCCAGGCCAGGGAGGCGGAGGGGGGAGUGGGAGCGGGCGAAGACCUCCGUCGUGGCGGAGGGCUCUGUGUCGGCGUGCGGCGGUGUGCCCACCUGGCCGCCAUGGACGUCAACGGCUUCUCCGACCCCUACGUCAAAAUAUACCUGAAACCUGACAUACAGAAGAAAUCCAAGCACAAAACAGCAGUGAUUAAAAAGACACUCAACCCAGAGUUCAACGAGGAGUUCUUCUACGAGAUAUCUCUGGCAGAGCUGGCUCAUAAAACUCUCGAGGUCACGGUGUGGGACUACGACCUGGGCCGCUCCAACGACUUCAUCGGUGGUGUCUGUCUGAGCUGUCACUCACAGGGCGACGCCCUCCGUCAUUGGAUGGACUCUCUGAAGAACAAGGGACAGAGGGUGGAGCGAUGGCACAUUCUGACCAAUGAGCUCCCCCAGACCUUCAGCCACGACUAGCCCUGCCACGCUCCCAGGAUGUGCAUGUUGUCGCCUGGAACAGAUGAAUGUAACGUCAUGACGACAAAGAGGAGUGCUGCAUACGCGACACUGUGACCGUUGCUACCGUUAACCGGAGUCACGAAAACUAAAUCCUUGUUUACAAAAAAAUCUGUGGAGCAUGUUUGCAAAAAGAGGUUUGCUUGUUGCUAGCCCGACCACUUCUGUCCUUACCAUUAAACAAACAGACCACAAACAUACCACAACCAUACCACAAACACACAACAAACACACAACAAACACACCACAAUCCGACCACAACCAGACUAUGACCAAACCACAACACACCACAAACAUUCCAGAAAUACACCACAACCAUAGUAUAACUUUACCACAACACACCAAACCAAACCACACCAUGCUUGGAGGUACGACCUCUUUAAUUGUAUUAUUAUUAUUAUCGUUCAAUAAUUCCCACCUUUUUUGAAUACAUGAUCACAGUCUUUUGCACUCUAUUUAUUAUUGAUUUGAAUUCACCGUCUGCAUCCCGUGUGUGGUCGUCCACUAAUGAUGAUGGUGAUGACAAAGAUUACAAAGACGAGAUGGUUUCUUCUGUGUUGUUGCAUGACACAAUAUGUGGAUCUUCUUGUUUCUAUGAACCCGGACCCCCAAGCCCCCCUACUGGGACCCAGCAGGGGGACUCUGCGGGGUUGGACUUCUUUAUGCAUGACCGAAUGUGCGGAUGUUUCUAUAUCGUUCUGAUGUUUACACCUCGUGGUUCUUACCUUUCUAUCAGGUGUUUUACGUUCUGUGAAACAAUACACUUGGAAUGCAAUACAGUUAC